AUGGCCGUCAUCGAGGAGAAGCUGGAGAGAAAGGAGAAGGCACUAGAGGACACAACCCCACCAGAAGGAGGCUGGGGUUGGAUGAUAGUUGCUGGAUGUUUUCUUGCCAUGAUCUGCAUCCGGGCUGUGACCAGGUUAAUACAUACCAGUUAGAGUGUAAUUGCUUAAUUUCACCCGUUUGAGUUUGCAAGAAAAGAAAAUAGCAUCAUUGACAGAUUGCCCCAGUAAUCACACAGAUUAGCUGUUGCUCCCAUAAAUAAAAUUGCGCUGGUGCAGAUAGGAGGGAGUUUUCUUCUUCUUCUUCUUCAUAUUAUUAUUAUUAUUAUUAUUAUUAUUAUUAUUAUUAUUAUUAUUAUUAUUAUUAUUAUUAUUAUAUAUUUUUUGUGAUUAUGGGGAAAUCUCUUUUGAAAGAUCAGUAAGUCUUAUAGAGGUGAUGAAAUUCUGACUCCUCUUGUUAAGAUCUGGAUUCUACAGUAGGACACAUAAAAGGUAUAAAACAUACGUGUCGGUAGAUGUUAAAUUAGUUUUGGUCUUUAUAAACACUUUGUUUAACUAAAACUUUGAAAGUUUUUUUUUCCAUUCUAUUUUUAACAAAUCAUAAAAAGUUCAAUUCUAACUGGUAUGAAGAAGUUCCUGUUAUCUGAGCCUUUUUCAUGUUCGUCAAAGCAACUAAAAAUGAGCGAUAAUGAAAAUAUGUGUUCAGUUUUGGUCUCCGCUGAUCCUUAAGUCUUGGUAUUUGAUUUAGUAUCAGGAGGGAGAAACUGGACCAUUACCAGAGAUUUUUUUUAUACCUCAGCUGACUUAACAGCUCUACUUGGAUGCCUUUAAAAACCAGGGUGUAACCUGGUCUUUAUUACAUAAUGUAUUCAUAAAAAUAAAGGUCAGACAGGACAAAGCUCUUAGACUGUUGUACAUGAAUGACAGCCAUAAACUGAUAAAUCUUUAUGAACAUCCAUCCUUAACUUUUCCUUUCCUUUUGUAAUGACGGUAUUCCUCUUCGGGUUUUAAGAUCCAAGUCACCUGACAGUGUUUUUUUUUUAAAGAUUUAUAUCGACUUACGCUAAGAUGCAUGAUCAUUUUGACCACAAUCAGGUUUUAAUCUCUAAUCCUAUCUUUGAUGUUGAGGCUUUAAAUGUGAAACAUAUAGAGUCAGGUGUUGUAAACCAAAUGAAACAGACUUUAAAAGGCUGUAAAGAGCAGUUUGUCUUUGCAUGAGAUACAUUUCUUCUCUAAAAUAAGUUCUGUUUGAGGAGCUUGAAGCCCCUGUUAUCCACCCUCUUACACUCAAUACAAACAAGAGACUUCAUCAUGUGUAUCAGGCAGAGGAUUUUGUCUUCAGAGCCUGCAAGUGACUGCAUUUUAUCACUAAACUUUUAAGUUUUGAUGAUGAGAUCUUGUUUUUGUUCCUUAUGAGGAACUCAAUUUACAUAAAUAUUUAUCUAUAUGAUAUAUACAGUACAAUUUCUAAAUCUAUUUGUGAUAAACACACUAAUUUCAGCCUUCCCUGUCCUUGAAUCCAGAUGUGUCUCCAUCUUCUUUGUGGAGUUUCAGCUGCACUUUGAGAGAGAUUAUUCAACAACAGCCUGGAUCCACAGUCUGGUGGACUCCACCACUAUGCUCUGUGGUAAGACCUUCAGCACCAUCAGUAUCAGAGGGUGGAUCAAACACAAGAUUUUACAAAGCAAAGUUGACUUGUGCUGAUAGAUUUAUCUUUAUUAUGAUGAUGAUUCAGAUAAGAAAUUACAAAAUGGUGUACAUGACGCACAAGUUUAUAUAAUAGAAAUAAAAUGGUGUGGGAAAGAAACGAGUACAAAAGUAUUUUUGCAAUUUUUAAAUUAACUAUUGAAAUGCAGCAAAUAAAAAUCAAGUAUUUAAGUGUAAUGACUAUAAUGACCAAAAAGGUUUUUUGUUUUUUUUUCUGUCUUCAAGAUAAAAGUUAAAAGUCAAAUGUAAAGUUUAAAUGCUCAAGUUUAGAGGGUUUAUAGUCAAUUGUAAAUUUGUCAACCACUGCAACCUGAGCAAUCUAUUUACACUGUUUUUCCAGCUCCUCUGGGGAGUUUCCUUGGCAACCGCUUCUCCUGUAGAUCUACAGUCAUCCUGGGAGGUCUGCUGUCCUCUACUGGUUUAGUCCUCAGCUCCUUCGCCUCCCGUCUAGAGCAUCUGUACAUCUCUAUGGGCAUCCUUACAGGUACACAGCUUUCGCAUCUAUGAAAAUUAUAUCCAUGAAAUAUGACACAAGGAAGGAGGACAAUGACGGAUCAGAUUGUCUCUGUACCAGAAACCUGCAACAUCUUUGUAAAAAAAUUAUGAGUCAUUGCCAUCCCCACCAUGAAAAGAUUCAAACUUGUAGCAACUGGUGAACCAACUUGAUUGUAUUCUGCAUUUUGCAUUUGAAGCUGAGUGUAUUCAAGUGUUUUAGCAACAUGUGGAUAUUUUUCCAGACUAUAUCCUGUUAUCUGUCCCCACAGGUCUCGGCUUUGCUCUCAGCUACACUCCAGCUGUAGCAAUGGUUGGGAGAUACUUCAAUGAGAGGAAAGCUUUGGCCUAUGGAAUCGCCCUGUCUGGUAGCAACAACCUCCCUGCUUACCUUUUUGUUUGUUGUCUCAUUAUUCAUACUUCAUCCUCCCAUCUCUUGACUCUUACCCUUUUAUUAUUUUGACUUUGCUUUAUGGUUGGACAUUCUUCUACCUGUGCCUCUCUUCUAUCCCAUCAAAUCCAACUUCACCCCAUCUACAGGUAAUGGCAUUGGAACCUUUGUUUUGGCCCCUGCAGUCCAGUUGCUCAUUGAGCGUUACUCCUGGAGAGGAGCUCUACUUGUCCUGGGAGGAUUCGUAUCAAACAUUUGUGUCUGUGGUGCUCUCAUGAGGCCACUGGUACCCAAAGGAGGUGAGAGGUAAGAGACUGUGUGGGGAAAAUAAGGCCAAUCAUUUUCAUAUUUUUGGUAUUGUACCUUAUUGGCAGGUGUUAAAGAAGAGUAAAGAAAACAUUUUGAAAAUGCAAUUUCCACUUACAUUUGAAGUUUUAUAUUUGGAAAAAGAGAAACAGGAGAUAACAAGGUCAGGAGAAAAAACAUAUUUUGAAUAAUGUUGGUGGCGGCUACAAAGAUCAUCACCAGAAAAUGGCUAAAAACAGAUGCACCAAAAAUAGAGGAUUGGGUAGAGGCAAAAAAAUAAUAAUAAGAAGAAUCAGAGCAACUUUAUCGAUUUGCUUUUUCUGUUUGAUAAAAUCAAAACAUUAGUAACAUCAUCAGCACAACUACUUAUGUCAGUUCCCUGACCAUGGAGCUUGACUGAGAGGAUAUGUGGGCUGCAUGUUAAAUGUCAUGCAUGUCAUGUGUCAUUCUGCAUCAGCAUGAGCAAAAAUGAAAAAGACCAAUUGAAACGUUUGCAUGUAGCUCAAAAAGUGAUGGCAUUCUUAUGUUUAAACUUUGGACACAACCUUUCGCCAUCCAUUUUCACUAACUGUUUAAGUUUACCCACUUAAAAUUCAUGAUCUGUUUUCACUUAAUCUCUUUUAUUCUGCUCUACCAUAUCUGAAGGUUAUGGGAAAAUAAUGCUGCAAACCUGGAAAAAAAUUGCUCAACAACAAAGUUGGACCCCAAAGACACCAAACAAAACCAAGCAAAAGGGGGCAUCAAAAAGUCAGACCCCAUCCUCAGAAAUGGAAACAGAAUUAAUAACUUCAAAAUGGUGGAAUUUAUGAAUCUGAAGAAUGAGGCAGCUGACGUCAAAGCAAAAACAGAGGAUUCAGGACUUUCAGAGGCCAAGCUAAUGAGCCCCCAUGUGUUGGAUGACUUGGCCUGCCCUUCCACUGAGUCUUUACUGAACACAGAAACUCCACCCAGUGCCCGCUUUUUAUGCCUGGAGUCUACUGAGGAGUUUGGAUUUCUUCUGUUACCAGACUUCUUGUUCCUGUCGGUGUCCCUCCUGUUCCUUGCUUAUGGCUGCAGUGCUCCAGUGGUUUACCUGGUUCCUUAUGCCCUCAGUGUAGGGGUGGGGUAUCAGGAGGCUGCCUUCCUCAUGUCCAUAUUUGGAGUCAGUGGUAUUGUGGGUAACAUUACCUUUGGAUGGAUCUCAGACAGGAAGUAAGUACUGGAUGAAGAUGUGUUAUAUGACAUUAAAGCCCAACACUGAUUGAUUUUCUUAACUUUAGGUGUCUGAAGAGGUAUCGCAUGCUGACCUACAUGGUGGCAAUUGGCAUGGAGGGCAUCUGCUGUAUUUGCCUCCCCUUCCUCAACUCCUUCUCCCUACUGAUCACAUUUUCCACACUCUAUGGAUACUUUGACGGGGCCUAUGUAGCACUCAUUCCUGUUGUAACCUCUGAUGUUGUGGGCUCCAGCUACCUGACCUGUGCACUGGGUGUGGUCUAUUUCCUGCACGCUGCUCCAUACUUGGUCAGCCCACCAAUAGGAGGUGAGAGCUCAUAAAUUUAUCUAGACUGAUGGCACAGUGGUUAGCUGUGUAACCUCACAUUUAGAUUAAAACCUGCCGACUGGAGUUUGCAUUUGUCAUAAUCUAACAAUAACAAAAACUGUGACAGCUGACAUUAAAGGGAUAUUCCGGCGUAAAAUCAAAGUUAAACACAACGUAACACCGAGUUAGACACCCCCUUGAGAGAUGAAUGCCAAACAGCCUCUUGUUUGUAGCGAGACCUCGGGCUAGUUCAUUAUGGACUACAGCAGGGGGACGCAGCUCAAGGAAGAACAUUUAUGAUCAUUUCUUCAUGGAAAUGCAAUCAGUCAGGUAAUGAUCAUAAAUGUUCUUCCUUGAGCUGCGUCACCACGCUAUAGUCUGUAAUGAACUGGCCAAAGGUCUCACUACAAACAAGCAACUGCUGGAGGAGAGUGGGUGAGUUGUGUUUAGUCUCUUUGUUAAAGAAACCAGGCAAAGCUAAAAAGAUGUUUGAUGGCUAGUACUAUAGCUGGGACCCUAUAUGUGCUGUUGAUGAAGUUAGGUGCUGUUCUGAGCAUUAUUUGUGGCUAUAGAGUGGCGUUUUGUUUGAGGUUUGUGUGUGGCUCCUCAGACCGCUGUGUAUUGCUAUUGUGCGGUCAUUACUAAAGUUGGUAAAACUAGAGAAGCAAGCAGUCGGCAACAUUCUUCUCAUGUCUAACUUGAUGUUACGGUGUGUUUGACCCUAAAUUAAUUUCACGCCAAGUGUCCCUUUAAUCUACAUUUGUCAAAUUUUGAAUUUGGCUUGAGAUAUGACAAAAACAAUACCAAGCUGUAUGGGAAUCAAAUGUCAUCCCAAAUUAUAGUUGUUUUUCAAUGCCUUAGAAGUUUUAUUUGGUCAAUAUAAAAACCUAAUAAACGAUCAGAAUUGGAUGAGGAAAAAAUGUACAAUAAAUUCUAUGACUCAAUGACAGGAAAAACUUGGGUGCUGGACAUGUAAGAGUAGUUGAGCUCUACAAUCUGAUAACACCAGCUCUUAAGUCACAGUAGCCUUCUUGAGCAUUAUACUGUAGCUUUCAAAACCCAAAAGGGCAUCUCAGUUAAUGUUUCAUGAAUAUGCUAGCUGUUAACUGUGAUACGGACAGCAGUGCAGUUUAUAACUCACUACUAAGUGACACAUUGAAUCGAAAAUUUCAGAAUGGCUUGAGUUCUUCCUCCUCUGAUUCCCAACAAGGAAAAUGACCAGAUUUAUUUUUUGUCAGUCAUGAACCUUUAGUUUCCCUAAAUUCUUAUAUGUUUAAAACACUGAGUCAUUUUUCAUUUAUGUUUAACACAUCUUAUGUGUUUCUCUGUCUCCAGGUUGGUUUGUGGACAAGACAGGAAACUACGCAGCCACCUUCAACAUCAGUGGAGCAUCUUUCAUGAUCAGCUCUGCGGUCUUAGCAGCUGCUUUAAUAGUCAAACACUGCUCGAAGAAAAGGUCUAACUCAUCUUCUGCUCCAGCUGAACACAGCAUCAUAUGACUGAAAGAUUGCCCUCCACCUGCUACAUAAAAAGGAGGGUUCACUAAAGACUAAGG